AUGUGGGGCACAGUGUGCGAUGACCUGUGGGAUGAGAAGGCAGCGCAGGUGGUGUGCCAGCAGCUGGGCUGUGGGAUGGCCGUCUCCGCCCCUGGAGGGGCCUACUUCAGCCAGGGCUCUGGCCCCAUUCUUCUGGACGAUGUGCAGUGUUCUGGGACCGAAGCCCACCUGGGGCAGUGCUCCCAUGCCGGCUGGUUUACCCACAACUGUGGGCACGGGGAGGACACUGGUGUCAUCUGCUCCGCUGUGUCAGCCUCCUCUGUCCCAGAAGAUGUGGACCACCCAGCCACGUCAUCAGUUCUACCUGUGGCCGACCCAGCCCCUGCUGAUCGCAGAGCCAAUAUACCAGCGCUAGGUCCCCCAGGCUUUGGAAAGAUCCUGCUGGACAAUGUGCGCUGCAUUGGCACGGAGAGCCGCCUGGCCCUGUGUACCCACAACAGCUGGUUCACGCACGACUGUGGCCAUGAGAAGGACGCCGGGGCCAUCUGCUCUGCACGAUUUAAGAGGAACAUUUUUAUCGUAAUAAAUAGAUGCAGAAUUAGCACAGUCGUCGUCUUCAUCACCGCCCUCCUCCUCAUCUUCACCAUCACGGUCCUCACCACCACAGUCAUCGUCCUCAGCUUCACCAUCGCUGUCCUCACUGCUACGGUCAUCGUCCUCGUCUGCACCAUCACUGUCUUCACCACCACGGACAUCAUCCUCGUCUUCACCUUCAUCCUCACCCUCCUCCUCAUCUUCACCAUCACUGUCCUCACUGCCACAGUCAUCAUCCUUGUCUUCACCUUCAUCACCGCCCUCCUCCUCAUCUUCACCAUCGCUGUCCUCACCACCACAGUCAUCGUCCUCAGCUUCACGAUCAUUGUCCUCACUGCCACGAUCAUCAUCCUCAGCUUCCCCUUCAUCCUCACCCUCCUCCUCAUCUUCACCAUCACUGUCCUCACCACCACAGUCAUCAUCCUCAUCUUCACCUUCAUCCUCGCCCUCCUCAUCUUCACUACUGGUGUCCUCACCGCCACAGUCAUCGUCCUGGUCUUCACCUUUAUCGUUGCCCUCCUUGUCUUCAUUAUCAUUGUCCUCAUCGCCACGGUCAUGGUCCUCAGCGUCACCAUCGCUGUCCUCACUGCUACGGUCAUCGUCCUCGUCUGCACCAUCACUGUCCUCACCACCACGGACAUCAUCCUUGUCUUCACCUUCAUCCUCGCCCUCCUCAUCUUCACUACUGGUGUCCUCACUGCUACGGUCAUCAUCCUGGUCUUUACCUUCAUCCUUACCCUCCUCCUCAUCUUCACCAUCACUGUCCUCACUGCUACGGUCAUCAUCCUGGUCUUUACCUUCAUCACCGCCCUCCUCCUCAUCUUCACCAUCACGGUCCUCACCACCACAGUCAUCGUCCUCAGCUUCACGAUCAUUGUCCUCACUGCCACGAUCAUCAUCCUCAGCUUCCCCUUCAUCCUCACCCUCCUCCUCAUCUUCACCAUCACUGUCCUCACCACCACGGACAUCAUCCUCAUCUUCACCUUCAUCCUCGCCCUCCUCAUCUUCACUACUGGUGUCCUCACCGCCACGGUCAUCGUCCUGGUCUUCACCUUUAUCGUUGCCCUCCUUGUCUUCAUUAUCAUUGUCCUCAUCGCCACGGUCAUUGUCCUGGUCUUCACCUUCAUCAUCACCUUCCUCCUCAUCUUCACCAUCAUCGUCCUCAGCUUCACCAUCGUUGUCCUCACCGCUGCGGUCACCAGCCUCGUCUUCACGUCCAUCUUCGAUGCCGUCGCUGUCCUCGUCACCAUCACCAGCACCUUCACCAGCUCCGUUAUCAUCAAACUCCAGUCUCCAGAGAGGCUGGGCACCUGUGUGGCUGAAGCAAACAUCGUCUGCAGGCAGCUCGAGUGUGGCCGGGCCAUUUCAGCCCCGGGUGAGGCCCACUUUGGGGAAGGUUCUGGGAAGAUCCUCCUUGACGAUGUGCACUGCGGAGGACACGAGCGGCACCUUGGGGAAUGUUCCCAUGCCGGCUGGUUCUCCCACAACUGUGGUCACCAGGAAGAUGCCAGCGUGAUCUGUUCAGGUCACCAGUUGACUACGCUGGCAGAGACAGUGGCUACAGAAAAUUCUCAGUGUGGUGGCAUUGUUAGUCACUCAUCUGGAAGCAUUAGAAAUCCUCCAAAGUAUGAAAUGCACGACAACAUAACCUGCAUGUGGGAGAUCACGGCAAACACGUCUCACCGUAUAUGGCUGGCAUUUCCGUGUCUCGACCUCGACUGCGCCAAUGAAUAUGUUGAGAUCCUGGACGGUCCCCCAGCUUCAGCAAAGUCCCUGGGGAGGAGCUGCUCUGGCUCCCACCUCACCUACACGUCCUCCUCCAGCUCGGUGACCCUUGUGUACUUCCGAAGCUCCAACAACAUAGGCAAACACUUCACUGCUUAUUAUUAUUCUGCAAACAAAGGGAACUGGCCAGAGCUGCGGCUGGUGGGCGGCUCUGGACGCUGCUCAGGACGCGUGGAGGUCUUCCAUCAGGGGGCCUGGGGCACCGUGUGCGAUGACCUGUGGGACCUGAAUGAAGCCGAGGUCGUGUGCCGCCAGCUGGCGUGUGGGCAGGCCAUGUCUGCCCUGGGGAAGGCCCACUUUGGCCCAGGCUCAGGAGACAUCUUCCUGGACAACCUCCAAUGUGCCGGGGUGGAGCGUCACUUGGGCCAGUGUGCCCACUCGGGCUGGCUGGAGCACAACUGCGGCCACCAUGAAGAUGCCAGUGUCAUCUGCUCAGAUGCUGCAGAAUCUCUGUUGAACAGUCCAGGGGAAUGGCCAGGGCUGCGGCUGGUGGGCGGCUCCGGACGGUGCUCAGGACGCGUGGAGAUCCUCCACCAGGGGACCUGGGGCACUGUGUGUGAUGACCUGUGGGACCUGAAUGAAGCCAAGGUCGUGUGCCGUCAGCUGGAGUGUGGACAGGCCAUUUCUGGCCCUGGCGGGGCCUACUUUGGCCCAGGCUCAGGAGACAUCUUCUUGGACAACCUGCAGUGCUCUGGAGUGGAGCGCCACCUGGGCCAGUGCGCCCACUUGGGCUGGUCAGAGCACAACUGUGACCACCACGAGGAUGCCAGUGUCAUCUGCUCAGGAGGAAGUAACUCUUGUGGAGGGGUCAUUUCUAGUCUCUCUGGCUCAUUUUCUAGUCCACGAUAUCCAGAAAACUACCCAACAGACAUCCAAUGUGUUUGGGAAAUUCAUGUGGAUAAAAAAUUCCGCAUAGAGCUCACGAUUCCAAGUUUGAAGCUGGAAGAUAUCCUAGGCUGUCCCUAUGACUCGGUGGAGAUCUUCGAUGGCCCCAGGAUUGCCUCGCUCUCCAUGGGGAAGUUCUGUGCCCCAGCAGCUGUGCUAUUUUUCUCCUCCUCAGACAUCAUGACGGUGGUGUUCCGCAGCGAUUCGAUGAUAACCAACACCGGCUUUCAUGCUCUGUUCAAUGCGAUUGCACAGGGUGAAAGGGAGUCAGAAGAUGGACCAGUGCUGCGGCUGGUGGGCGGCUCCGGAAGGUGCUCAGGACGCGUGGAGGUCCUCCACCAGGGGUCCUGGGGCACCGUGUGUGAUGACCUGUGGGACCUGAAGGAAGCUGAGGUUGUGUGCAGACAGCUGGAGUGCGGACAGGCCAUUGCUGCUCCUGGAAAGGCCCACUUUGGCCCAGGCUCUGGAGACAUCCUCCUGGACAACAUCCAGUGUUCAGGAAGUGAGAGCCACCUUGGCCAAUGCCCCAGCUCUGGCUGGUCAGACCACAACUGUGGCCAUCAUGAGGAUGCUGGUGUUGUCUGCUCAGCAGAGCUGGCUGCAGAGCAAGAUGACAGGCUGCUGUUGCUCAAGUGCCUAUACCAAAAGGUAACCCUCUUCAUUGAAAUCAUGGCCUAUAAAGCAUCAAAGGGAAGUAACUCUUGCGGGGGAGUCCUUUCGAGCCUCUCAGGCUCCUUCUCCAGUCCUUGGUAUCCUACAAACUACCCCACCGACGUGGAGUGCAUCUGGGUGAUACAUGUGGCUGAGAAGUUCCACAUACAGCUGACCAUCCCAAGCCUUAGACUAGAGGACAUCUAUGGAUGUCCCUAUGACUUUGUGGAAGUGUUUGAUGGACGGCAAGCUGCCUCGCUCUCCAUGGGCAGAUUUUGUGCUGGGGAAGAGCUCACAUUCCUCUCGUCUUCGAAUAUCAUGACCGUAGAGUUCAGAAGUGAUGCCAUGAUCACCAGCACGGGGUUUUAUGCUCUGUACAACACCAUUCCGCAAGAUGAAAGGGAGAGUGAGAUGUCCCUGCGACUGGUGAAUGGCAGCCACAGGUGUGAGGGCCGGGUGGAGGUCUUCUACAACGGCACCUGGGGCACGGUGUGCGAUGACAGCUGGGACCUGAACGACGCCAGGGUGGUGUGCCAGCAGCUCGGCUGUGGCGAGGCCCUGUCAGCCCCAGCUCAGAGCUACUUUGACGGGGGCACUGGUCACAUCAUGCUGGAUGACGUGCGGUGCACAGGGAACGAGGCCAAGGUGUGGCAGUGCACACACAACGGGUGGCUCUCCCACAACUGUGGGCACCACGAGGACGCCAGCGCCAUCUGCUCCGGUGUCACUGAUGACAGUCCCUUUACAGAUGACAACUCCCACUGUGGUGGUUUGCUCACAAAUAACUCAGGCUCCUUCUCCAGUCCUUGGUAUCCUAAAAAAUACCCCACUAAUGUGGUAUGUGCCUGGGACAUACAGGUGGACACCAGGGCGCACAUCAAACUGACAUUUGAAGUAGUCAAAAUGGAAAAUUUCUACGGCUGUCCCUACGACUUCAUCGAAGUCUUCGAUGGCCCACAAAGUGAAUCUUUUUCCCUGGGGAGGUUCUGUUCAGGGACAACCCCAGUAUUUACCUCCUCCUCCAAUCGCUUGACCGUGGUGUUCCACAGCGACGCAAUCGUCACCGACAUGGGCUUCUACGCAUCUUAUGAGUCCCUAGUUUACAACGAGAAUGACACGGAUGUGGUCCUGAGGCUGACCGAUGGCAGCCACCCGUGCGAGGGCCGGGUGGAGCUGCACUACAACGGCAGCUGGGGCACCGUGUGUGACGACAGCUGGGACCUACUUGACGUCCAGGUGGUGUGCAAGCAGCUGGGCUGUGGCGAGGCCCUUGCAGCCCCUGGGCGGGCACAUUUCAAGCGAGGUGUGGGCCCCAUCGCCCUGGAUGAUGUGGAGUGCGUGGGGACAGAAGCCAGGCUGUGGCAGUGCCUGCACAGUGGCUGGUUCACCCACAACUGUGGCCACCAUGAGGAUGCUGGUGCCAUCUGCUCAGCCUCUCGGCCUAGCCCAACACCAGCAGCUGCUGUGCACUACACAACUUCAGAUCUGGGCCUACGGCUGGCAAAUGGGUCAAGCAGGUGCGAGGGCCGCGUCGAGGUCUUCCACAGCAACACCUGGGGCACUGUGUGUGAUGACAGCUGGUCCAUCGAGGAUGCCCAUGUGGUUUGCAGACAGCUUGGCUGUGGCCUGGCUUUAUCUGCCCUCCCAGGGGCCAGCUUCAGCCCUGGGUCAGGCCGCAUCCUCCUUGAUGAUGUCCACUGCACAGGAAGUGAGGCCUCCCUGGAACAGUGCCCCCACGGCAGCUGGUUCGCCCACAACUGUGGGCACCAUGAAGAUGCUGGCGUCAUCUGCUCAGGUGACACUGAAGGAGGCUCCUCAAGCCCACUAGCUCUUGCUCCUGCAGAUCUGCCGGGGGUGAGGCUGGCCGACGGGAAGCACCCGUGCGAGGGCCGAGUGGAGAUCUACCACAACGGCACCUGGGGGACCGUGUGCGACGACCUCUGGAGCCUGCCCGCUGCCCAGGUGGUGUGCCAGCAGUUGGGCUGUGGGGCAGCCCUGGCAGCUCCCAGGAGCAGUCUGUUUGGCGACGGUUCCGGCCCCAUCUUCCUAGACAACGUGAGGUGUACAGGCAACGAGACCAACCUGGGACAGUGCCACCACCUCGGACUGUCUGUGCAUAACUGUGGGCACCAUGAGGACGCCGGGGCUGUCUGCUCAGCUCCUGCAGUUGUAGAAGUCCCAGUAAUAACCUCUGAGUCUUCCCCAGACCUGUCCAUCAUCAGGUUGGUGGGUGGGAGGAGCCGGUGUGAAGGCCGUGUUGAAGUCCACCACAAUGGCACCUGGGGCACCGUGUGUGACGACCUGUGGAGCAUCGAUGCCGCCCACGUGGUGUGCUGGCAGCUGGGCUGCGGAGAGGGCAUCAGCGCCCUGGGGAGCGGCUACUUCGGGAAGGGUGUGGGGAGCAUCCUUCUGGAUGACGUGCAGUGCCAGGGCACUGAGACCUCGCUAGGCCGAUGCCAGCAUCUGGGUUUGUCCGUCCACAACUGUGGCCAUCACGAGGACGCCGGCGUCAUCUGCUCAGACCGUGCGCUGCGCCUGGCGGGCGGACGGGGUCGCUGCGAGGGCCGGCUGGAGGUGCGGCACGAGGGCGUGUGGGGCACGGUGUGCGACGACCACUGGAACAUCAGGAACGCCCGCGUCGUGUGCCGCCUUCUGGGCUGCGGCCGAGCGCUGGGCGCCCCGGGCCGCGGCCGAUUCGGCCCUGGCAUCGGGCCCAUUCUGAUGGACGACGUGCGCUGCACGGGCCACGAGGACGCACUGGAGCGCUGUGCCCACGCGGGCUGGGCGCGACACAACUGCAGGCACAGCGAGGACGCAAGCGUGCUCUGCGCAGGUCCAGCGGACUCUGCUGUGCCCAAGGACAAUGCCCAGCUCUUCUGCUUGCCCCACCUCUUCCGAGCUGUCAUAGACCGAGGCUAUCUCCGGAGACUGGGCUACUCCUCCUGGGACAUCCACUUAAAUGAUAAUCUGUGUCGCCCACAAGUCAGUGGGCGCUUCCUGAUCUUCAACAUUCCAUAUGGCCACUGCGGCACUGUCCGGCAGGAACACCUCGGCUCCCUCAGCUACUCCAACUCCAUCAGAGGCCGGAUACGGGGCCACUCGGGCCGAGUGGUUGUACGGCACAAGGUGCCCCAGGUGAAAUUCACCUGCAAGGUGAACAAUCCGCCCACAGUUGAAGUCGUUCAUGGAGCUGAUGACCAGACAGAGGGUGCCGGCUACGAUGUGUCCAUUUCAUUUAUCCAGUCUCCCGGGUCCCAGCCUGUGGGGGGCAUGGUACCAUACUCCGACAGCCAGAGGAAAGAGGUCUUCCUCCAGGCCACCCUCCAUAGCGCCGAUCCCAGCCUGAGGGUCUUCGUGGAUACUUGUGUGGCUUCUCCGGAUCCCCAUGAUUUCACAACCAUCAAGUAUGAUUUGAUCCAGAAGGGGUGCAUCAAAGACAAAAGCUAUGCCAACCUCCAAUCCCACCAGAAGAAUGUGGCCCAGUUCAAAUUCAACGCCUUCGGCUUUCUUGACCGCUACGAUGUGAUCUAUCUGAAGUGUGAGAUUGCUGUGUGUAGAGAAGGGGACUCUUCCUCUCGCUGCUCCCAGAGCUGUGCAGGGCGGAGUAGGAGAGGUACAGGCCUCGCUGAGGCCAAGGAAAAGCAGACUGAGCAUUUCCCAGUGGUCGGGCCACUGGAGAUCCACAGAGCAGCUGCUCAGAGCAAGACCCUGGUGUGAUGUCUGCAGCUUUCAUGUAAAUCUGUUAGAAAGUAGGAAGGAAGGUCCAUUUCCUUCAGUGAAGCAGUGUUUGACAAAUCAGAAAUUAUCUACGUAGAGACAGGUGAAAGAAACAGAAGAGAUUGCUUCUCUGAGGUGUGUCACUAAAUAAACCUUCUCUGGUUACCGAACUUCUAAGGCAGUUACUCUUUGUAGGCUCAAAAUGCUGAUUUUCUAAUUCUUCACUAUCGAGAACUGUUGUCUUAAAGUGUACAAACUAUUAUCAAAAGCAGGGUUCUCUCCUACCCUAUGGCCAAUUUAAAGAUUAUGUCUUCAGUUUGGUUCCUUAUUAUUCAGAUGCUAAUAAGUGGAUGGAUCCCUGCUUCUAUCCCACUUGUGGUGUGAGAAUUAUUUUCAAAUCUCACCAAGAGUCUUAUGAAAAAGAAACCAAGCACCUGUCAGGAAGCCACUGCUCAUUUUUCUCUACACUCUAAUACAGGACAGUUGAAUCACACAUGCCAUUGAUUCACCAAACAAGCUUUAAUUGUCCUGUUUCAAAGGGAACUAGGUGGAGCUUUGUGGGGUUUAGGUUGCAGCUUACAAAGAUAGGCCAAUGCAUAAAUCAAGAACUACAGCGUCCGCUCUCUGAGCUGCCAAGAACCCACAUGCUCAUGUUCUCAGUCUGGUUCUCAGAUUGCAAAAGCAUCUGGAAAAUUUGAAAAGUACACAAGAAAUUUAAAAGCAAACAAGGAAAGACAAGCAUAUCCCAGCAUCCCCUGUUAAAGGAGACAGCACCCACUUUAAUCUAUUUCUCUUGACUGGAAGAGACCUGCCUAGACUCACUACCUUCAAAGUUGUAUUGAAAGACACAGUCAGAUGAUUUAUUUUUUUCUUUCACUUCUCAAGAAAUAUUCAAUUGUAAUAUUUAAAGUAUGAGCCAGGUGCAGUGGUGCAUGCCUAUAAUCCCAGCAGCUCAGGAGGCUGAGACAGGAGAAUCACAAGUUCAAAGCCAGCCUCAGCAAUAGCAAGGUGCUAAGCAACUCAGUGAGACCCUGUCUCUAAAUAAAAUAUAAAAUAGGGCUGGGGAUGUGGCUCAGUGAUUGAGUGCCCCUGAAUUCACUCCCCCAUACCAAACAAAAAAAAAGAAAAUAUGAGUCCCCACCUCCAAGAAAUUAUUUUGGCCUUUGUGGAUAAACAGCAUGCCUGAGCUGAGACUACAGACAUCCAGUCCCUCAGGGAGGAGGGCAGUUCCCAGUGGGAUCUGGGAACUAACCCUUAGGUCCUGAGAAGUGAAAAUCUGAUAAGUGACCCAAAGAGGUGUUGCCUCUAAGGGGAGCAUCUCAGUUUUAUUACAGACGUGUCCUCAGUCAGGAACUGCCUCAGAAAAAUAUGAUGCCAAUAUACAUUUUGAUGAUGUUCUCACACAUAGAAAUUGAUGAAAUAUAACUAGUGGCCAAUUUGGUGAAAAUGACAUUUUUAAAUCAAAUUCAUUAUUUGUCCCUGAGGAACUUCAUCUUCAGUCAUAUAAAACAGUAAUUUUCACACCUGUUUCAUUCAAGAACUUUAAAAGAAUCAAGGGGUUUUCCUGGGUAAUUGGGGGCUGCUAGAGUUUCUACU